AAAAACUGGAGUGUUGAAAUUUCAGGGUUAAACAUGUCAGAGUUGAUUUCAACUCUCAAAGUGUCAUUUUAACACAUUCUGAUUAAAAUGGUGUUCAGUGUUGGAGUUAUUUAACAGAGUUAUUCCAACCUAAGCAAAUCAACUCUGUAGAGAUGUAAAGUGCAUCUCGGCCGAGUUAACUUGCUUGAUAGGCCCCUGGGCUUCAGUCCAGGUAACCCCAUGUGUUAUGCCCCUGGGCUUUCAGCAGGGUGAACCCGUGCAUCAAUCAAUAGUCUCCUGUGCGUGGCGUGGUCAACCGUCGUUUAUUUCGCUGCUGGAAUCAAAAAUGGAUGCGGAGUUGGACUUUUACACGAGAAAAAUGUUGAUCCAGGUUCGGUAUUGCCAACAGCAGAAGUAUGUGAAGUUGGAUGAGGUUGAUGGAUGUUUUGAUUUUGUGCAGUUCCAUGACAAAGUCAUCGAGAGAUUUUGCCUGCCACCUGACGCAAAAUUAGUGUACAAAGAUGCAACAGGGACAGAAGUUGAUGAGGACAUUUUCAGUGACCUUGUCAGCCAAGGCAAUGUGACUCUAUCAGUUUUCUCAAAUGACGAAUUUUCUGAUUGCUCCUUGUCCUCUCCAUCCGAUUAUUCUGAUUCAAGCUUCAGUUCAUGUGCAAGUACAUCAACUAUACUCCUAGAUGAGGUUCCUAGGAAGAAACCAAGACUUGAGGGCCCACUUACUGCAGCAUCUGCUAGAAAGUUGAUUGAAGAUGUCCUUGGUACCAGCUCAGGUGGUGAAGAGGUCCUUCAAGAGUAUCACACAACAAAAACUCUAACAGAUGCUACCAGAAGAAAGUUGGUCAAUAUAAUAGUGGCACACAUGAUUGAUAAACACGGGCAACUCCCCAGCAAAGCUGUUCGAGAAGAGUACGCUCUUGGGAUAGUGACAGUGUUCCCGUCCCUCAAAGACCCAUACUCCAAGAAAGGCUAUGAACAUUUCUAUGAUGCUGCAAGCAGCACCGGAUACAUUUCUUGGCGUCUGAAAACGAUUCAGAGAAAGAUUCGAAGAGGACAUGCAUCUACAAGUAGCCCCACUGGCUUUUCCCCAGGAGGAGGAGGCCCAAAUGUGCGCAGGUCCAUUGUUGUUGACCAGCAGCUUGAUGGGGAUGCAUACCAGGAAGCCAUCUCCUUGCUCAACCAUACAACAGACAGUUCCGUAAUUUUUCUGAAGAUGAGAGAGACCUUUCGAGAAAUCGCCAAAAACUCAUCCACGACUCAGACAAAACUCAAGAUAUCUUCUCCAUCUUCCCAAGAUUCCUGGAUACAAAGGGAUUGAUGAAUCAAGACUUCACACUCCUGUUUGAAGAGGAGGUUUCCAACCUGCUGCUCCAGAAAUGGGAUCCGUUCUUCAGAGAUAACGUCAUCAAAGAGGCCAAGCGGCUCACCCCAACACCUGAGCUGCGCCGAAUGCUGCAGGCCGCAGAGUCUCCAGGAAGUGAACUUGAUGAGGCACCAAGUGAGUUUUGUUCGAUAGAAUUUGUUAUAAGCAAUUACAGUUCAAUAGUCUUGUGAUUAAUAAAGACCGAUUGAUUUUAUGUUA